AAUGUCGAGUCCCCAGUGACUCUCCGCCUCGAUGGAAGAGAGAGACGACGGUGUUGACAGUUCCUCCCGCUGUGGAUUCACCAGGAGUCAUUUCAUGCCUAUUUUUUUUGUACGAGAUUUUUUAGCUCAUUUUACCAUAGUUUGAUUUUCAGAUCUAUUUUUAAAGAAAGGAUGACACUAUGAGCUGAACAUGACUAUGUUGAAGACCGGGUAAAUGAGCCACUAGUUACCGUUGGCUGUCUAGCAGGCGGUGACGGUGAGGCCGGCCCCAUCCUGAGUCUGUACGAUGAAGAGCCCGGUGCACAGGUGCAGGGACGUGGAGAGGCAGGCUGCCUGCCUGCAGACUGAGCAGCCGUGUGUCCCUGUCUCCCAGCACAUCCCCAGCGGCAUGUGGUUUAUCAGGGACGCGUGUGGCAUCGUGUGCGGGGUUAUCACCUGGAUGUUGGUGUUCUAUGCUGAGUUUGUUGUGCUCUUCGUCAUGCUGUUGCCUUCUAAAAACCUGACCUAUAGCUUAGUCAACGGGACUGUGUUCAACACUCUGGCCUUCCUGGCUCUCGCCUCUCACUUCAGGGCCAUGUGCACCGACCCUGGAGCUGUGCCAACAGGAAACGCCACUAAAGAGUACAUCGAGAGUCUUCAGCUGAAGCCGGGACAGGUGGUGUACAAGUGUCCCAAGUGCUGCAGCAUCAAGCCUGACCGGGCACAUCACUGUAGUGUGUGUAAGCGCUGCAUAAGGAAGAUGGACCACCACUGUCCCUGGGUUAACAACUGUGUGGGAGAGAACAACCAGAAGUUCUUUGUGCUCUUCACAGUACGUACCAGUCUAUACUUUACAUACUGGAACGUACCAUACUGUAGACGCCAUUACACCUUCAGCCUGCUGCAAUAACACAGACCAGUAGCC